GAAGUAGCACAAAAAUUAGACACUUGUCCUUAACGAGGCGAAGAAAUAGGAAACAACAACACGCUUGCUCUUCCGUUCUUUCCAAAUUUCUACCUGCCAAAAAGGGGUCACCAUGUUCAAGUUGACGAUGAAGACUAUGUGUUUCAGCUUGGCCUAAUCAUCAAUGUUAUAGCAAUUUUUUUAGGAUAUGUGAAUGAUUUGUAUUGUUUCGAGGCGGUAUGCAAUAUUGUUUACUGGUGAACAUUCUGAUAUAUCUUCUUGGACUUCACCAAAAUAUAAAAAAUGAAUCCCAUGGUCAGCUUCUACCGGAUCUACUGUUAUUGCUAAGAGUCUUACGACUGAACUUUUUGACCAGAUUUUACUCUCCUUUGCCUUCUCAUACAAUGGGUUCUUACCUGAACUUCAAGAACUUUGCUGACACAUCACAGCCAGAGAGCAGUGGUGGGAAGCCAAUGAAUAAUGAUAAUUUUUCGUUGGCUCGACAAUCUUCCAUAUACUCGUUUACCUUUGAUGAGCUCCAAAGUACAUGUGGACUUGGGAAAGAUUUUGGGUCGAUGAAUAUGGACGACCUAUUGAAGAACAUUUGGACAGCUGAAGAGUCUCAAGCCUUGUCAUCUUCUGUUGCUGGUGGAAAUGUAAGUGUGCCAGUGGGAAAUUUGCAGAGACAGGGUUCUUUGACAUUGCCUAGGACAAUAAGUCAGAAAACUGUUGAUGAAGUAUGGAAAGACUUUCAGAAAGAGACUGUUAAUGCCAAUGAUGGAAGUGCCCCUGGAGCAUCAAACUUUGGGCAGAGGCAAUCUACCUUGGGAGAAAUGACGUUAGAAGAGUUUUUGGUUAGAGCAGGGGCAGUGCGAGAAGAUAUGCAACCAACUCGAUACUCAAAGGAUGUUACAUUCACUAGUGGUUUCACUCAACCAAGCAGUAACAACAGUAGCUUGACCAUAGCAUUUCAACAAGCAACUCAAAACCCUCAACAGUUGAGUAAUCAAAUUGCAGGGAAUAACAUAUUCAAUGUGGUUACUACCACAUCUUCACAGCAAAAGCCUCAGCAGGCACAGCCCCUUUUCCCCAAACAAACAACUGUCGCAUUUGCUUCGCCGAUGCAACUAGGGAACACUGCUCAACUUGCUAGCCCAGGGACAAGGGCUCCCAUUGUCGGAAUGUCUAAUCCGUCUGUAAAUACUACUAUUAUUCAAGGCAGUAUCAUGCAAGGUGGUGUUAUGGACAUGGCAGGAUUGCAUAAUGGGGUCACAUCCGUAAAAGGAGGAUCCCCUGGAAAUCUUGAUCCUCCAUCUCUUUCACCUUCACCUUAUGCAUGCGGUGAAGGUGGAAGAGGAAGGAGAUCAUGCACCUCUUUCGAAAAAGUCGUUGAGAGAAGGCGUAAGAGGAUGAUAAAGAACAGGGAGUCUGCAGCAAGAUCAAGGGAUCGAAAGCAGGCAUAUACUUUAGAGUUGGAAGCUGAAGUGGCAAAGCUUAAAGAAAUUAAGCAAGAGUUGCAGAAGAAACAGGCUGAAUUUAUCGAGAAGCAGAAGAAUCAGGUAGGGAUGACAUCUUUCCUGUUGCAAAUAUCUUGUAUGAAUAGCGAUUACAACAAUCAUGGACUAGAUGCAGGGAUUUAUUGGAAAAGAUGAAUAUGCCAUGGGAAAAUAAAUUAAUAUGCUUGAGAAGGACAGUGACAGGACCUUGGUAGUCGAAUAUGGAAGUAGAGCAAAUUCCAGAGUAGAAGCUUGGACAAUUGGUAGACAGGAGGAUGAAGCAACAUGCCGGCUUCUGGCUCAACUCAGUUGACUCCUGAGAGUAUGAGCCUGCCCCUCUACCCUCCUCCCAACUUAUGAACUGAAAUAUGUUUUGAUUCAAAUCUAUUUUGUCAAAUGGUAGAUAACUGUACGUAUAGUAUAGUACAGGUUCCAUGUACUGUUCAUAUUAUGUAAACAAUACUCUUGCAUAAAGUAUCCUCUUGUGCUCUUUGUUUGCAACCAUA